AAGAAACAAAUGUCUUUUGACUAAGAAAAAUAUUUAUUUAAAUGUAAAAAAUAAAAUUGUCAGUGAAGACUAAUUGAAUAAUUCUAAAUAAUAAAUUGCGCAGAUAAUAAUAAAGCUUAAAAAAAUUUUAGUGCAAAUAUCCGCCAUAGUUUUCAGACAGAAUAUAUUUUCGAGAAAUUACUUAUAUACGAACAAACCAAUGUGAACAUCCGGUAUGUAAUUUUUUCAGAGCACCAUCAUGAUCACAACGACCUUUUGAUCAUCAAAAUUUACGUAAAAUAUUCUUGUGAUUUAAUUUUUAUUGAAAUUUAAAAAACUUUUUAAAGACUUAGUAAUUAUAUUCACGUGGAAGAUUAAAUAAAUAAAUAAUUAUUAUUUUAAAUUGUGAAGUAUUUUACAGGACAUUAUUACAGUGUCGAUAAUAAAUCUCUGGACAUUUAUCUUCUGGGAUUGCUGUAUAUAUUUAUAAAAGUUAUUUGGGAGUGGCAGUAUUUGAUAAUUAUUAAAAAAAAAAUAAAAAAACUUACGGACAAUAAUUUAUUCCAGUGUAAAUAUUUAUAACCAAGACUUAUUAUCUUCUUUGAAAUUACAUAAAUAGAAUCAUUGGUAAUAAUAAUAGUAAUAUAUUUAUCAAGAGGCCUUCCAUAUUAAAACGGAGUAAACGAAGCGACAACCUGCUGCUGACAGACAACUGUGAUUGUGAUGCAGAUUCAUUCACUGGCAGACAGAGUCUAGAGUAACUAACUCGAGACGGAGAGGAUGCCGGUUAAAGUUGAUGCUGUCCCACCGCCGCCUGCUAAUUCAAAACAACCAGGAGUCACUAAAUCUCUCCUGUACAAUGGAUCUCGGUUCCAAGGCUCCCAGAAGUCCAAAGGCAACAGCUACGACGUUGAAGUAGUUUUGCAGCACGUAGAUGAAGAAAAUAGCUACUUAUGCGGAUACCUGAAAAUAAAAGGUCUAACGGAAGAGUUUCCUACACUUACGACAUUCUUUGACGGAGAAAUUAUUUCGAAAAAAUACCCGUUUCUUACCAGGAAGUGGGACGCUGAUGAAGACGUUGAUAAAAAACAUUGGAGUAAAUUUGAAUCAUUUUGUCAAUACGCAAAAUCUUUCAAUUCCGACACUUUCGACUAUGAAGCACUCAAAGGAACUGAUUUUGUUUUUAUGAGAUGGAAGGAACACUUUUUAGUUCCGGAUCAUACAAUAAAAGAUAUAAACGGUGCAUCGUUCGCUGGAUUUUAUUAUAUUUGUUUUGAAAAGUCUGCUGCCUCUAUUGAGGGUUAUUAUUAUCAUCGAAGUUCCGAAUGGUAUCAAUCUCUAAAUUUGAGACACGUUCCAGAACACAGUAUACAAAUCUACGAAUUCAGGUGAAAUAGAUGCAUGUGACACUGCAACGACAACAAAAAUUUGAGUUUUUGUCUUCUUUUUUUUAAGCAAACAGAUCUCAUUAUUUUUUUCAUAACAUUUACAUAAAGAUU